UGACACCAUGUCUAGAUCAAGAUUCUAUUUAUAAAUGUCUAGAGAAAACAAUGUCUACUAAGUCUGCCUACACUUUCAUAUAGGAUGUACCUAGAUCUAGAUAAAACAAAGUCGAAUGACACUUGAACCUGAAGGAGAAGGGUUGGAAUAACCGCGUGGUCUAUAGCUCGUUUUUACUGAUGGUCUACUACGUUUGAUGACAGACUGGCUGUUUACAUCAGCUUUAAAACGUCAGCAUCCACUACAAGAUUACAUGAUUCAAUCAACGGCUGAAUGUAAUGAAUUUACUGACAUAUGCAAUCGCAGCUUACUUUGCUUGUUACUCGGAUCAAGCUUACGGCUUUGAAUGUCCUUUGAAUACUUCUGUGAGAGUAGACGAUUUGUGCGUCCUGUGGAACAACCAGUUGGUUACUUGGUUGGAUGCGAAGAAAACUUGCGCUAACAUGGGAAUGCAUGUAGCAACAGUACGUUCUACUGACCAGAUGGCAAGAAUAAAGCAAGCUCUGCCAUCAAGCAUAAAACUGGACAUCUGGACAGGCGCGAAUGACAUUGAAAGAGAAGGUCAUUUUGUCUGGGAAGAGGACAAUAGUCCGGUUGUGGAAAAAAUCUGGAAGAAGGGCGAACCGAACAACCAAAAUUUGGUCCACGGGGAGGAGGAUUGUACUUUUAUUAAUCCGGAACUCAUGCUGUAUGACAUUUGGUGCACAGCUCGACGUAACUCACUUUGCAUCUAUCGCAUCCCUGGUCCUGUUAACGUAUUUUCUGAUAACAACGUCUCCUUCGUAUGCCAUUGUCAUGACUUCAACUGUUCAAGUGACGGCAGCUGUGCAGGGGAUUCUGCCGAAUGCGCGAAGGGCUGGUUCAAUCCCGGAUGUCAGAUUAGAAGUCUGUCUGGGGACGAGAAUGGGCCGCUGGGCCUCCUAGCCGACAACAACGACAGCUCGUGUGACAACAUUACAGUACCAGUGAGCAUUAAGUUGAAGGACAAAAGUUUUUUCACAUACAUCAGAAUAAUAGUGGAGAAACCAGAGUACCUUGGUGGAUUUGCGAUCUAUUUCAAUGUAGACGAUACCAAAGUUGUCUGCCAGGGCGUGAAGUUGCUUCCGUUAGACAAUCGGACGAUGGACAUUUACUGUCAUGACGGCCCAUUCGUGGUGGAUGAAGUUUUCCUUUCUUGGUCAGGCGUGAAGCAAGUUUGUUCGGUGUACAUCAGCGGAGGACAGAAUUUCGCAUUGUUUCAAAACACAAGUUUAGAUUCGAAUGACCAGCAGGACAACAGCACACGUCUGGCAGUCGAUGGUCGAAAAAGUUUUUCUGACCCUUGCUUCACGGGCUUACCCACGGUCGGCGAUCAAACGUGGACACUGACCUUCGCAGUACACAAGAUCGUCAAUGAAAUAAUUAUACACAGGAAGCUAAGGGGCGACGGUUACACGUUUAUGAAUGGAUUUUACGUCAUGGGGUACAACGAGGAGGGCAAGCUACUGUUCCGUUACAACGACACGGGCACAUCGAAAGGCAGUUUAACGAUCUGGAUCCUCACGGAGGUUAGUGCGCCCAUGAAGAAGAUAGUCAUAGCCAUGGACAACGCCAGUGAGACUCGAUACCUUGAGCUGUGUGAAGUAGAAGCCUUUGGAGGAUGUGCCGCCCCUGCCUACGGCAUCUAUUGUAACGAAAUUUGUGGUGAGCAUUGCUUAGGCCGAGAAUGUCACGUCAAUGGUCUAUGUGUCACCUGCGCUUAUGGAAGCUCCUCGAAAGGAGAGUGUUUUCUAUCACCCCGGGAGAUUAUUCCAACGCCGUACAUAUCGACGACGGAAUGGGGCGACAACGCCACAACACCACACUUAGAGUGUACCACGGUCACGUCGGCCCCGGCAGAGGAGGUAGACAACAGUAUGAUGAUCAAAUUGUUCAUCUUAAUCAUCAUUAUCCUCUCCCUACUGGAUAUUAUGCUGUUGUACCUGGCAUGCUGCAAGAAGUCUGAAAACAUUGAGGAAGAACCUCCAGUCACAGAUGUGGGAGUGAUUCUAGAUGCUGUGAAUCCUGCCUCCAUCAUGACAGUUCCAUCACACGCGACACAGAGCGCGCACAGCGUUUCGCCUUAUGACAAAGUGAAGUCAGAAAUGACAGUGAAGACGACCACCAGUGUUUCAACUCACAUCGAAUAGCAGACCAAACAAUAAUAAAGCAUAAAGUGAGGAUCAGAGACCAGAAUUCAGUUCAUUCAUUUAAAUUAAAACGAAAGACUUUGUAAACGAAA